AAUCGCCAUUUUUCUCCAUUUCCAUUUCCAAAAACUAGUAAAGAAGAUAGCGAAAGAAACUGUAGAUUGAUUCAGUGAGUUUCUGUUCUUCAUCGUCUCUAUCUCGAAUCCUAUAAAGCUGGUUGCAAAGAUGAGGAGGCCUGGAAACUAUGGAGAUUCAGGUGGGAAUGCAUAUUCUCAUGCUCAAAUGCAGCAUAUGUCUUCACAGAGCCAUUAUCAAGGACAAACGGAUGAGAUCACUGAGAAGGAGCAUGCCUAUGGAGCUUCAAAGGCGGAGGGACAAUGGAGAUGGCAACGAGAUGAAUCAAAAGGAUCAAGCCCAAUGUCUCCUCAUAUGUUCAAUGAAGUUAGAUGAUCUCAGGUAUUGUAAAUCUACCAUAGGUCAAGUAGGUGAGGCAUCCAGACCGUAUUUCCAAGGCCAAAGGUUAGACUCAAAAAUUGUCACUAAGAAGGAAGCAAACACUGACCCUAGAUCUAACCGUCAUGAAGAAGACAUGGAUGUUGGGUGUGAAGAUAAACAUGUGCUGCAAACAUUUGAAGGUCUUGAAAAGAGAUUCUUUGAGGACAUCAUGAAGUUAUCUAAGGAGCAAACUGAUGCAGAAGAUGCUGAAAGUGCUCGACACAAAGAGAGAAAAGAUGCAAUAAAUUUACAAUAUGAAGAACAACUGGUUGCUCUUCGGGCACGACACUCUGCCCGGCGUGACGAUUUCUUCCGGAGGGAAUCCCUUGCCCGUGAGCAACAGUACCAGCAAUCAGUUGUGGACCAAUACAGUUCUAACAGUGCGGCGAGGCCCACCGAUCAGUUCGAUUCAUAUAGAGAACAUAGGGCUCGAUAUCCUGCGGGCCACAGGGAUGACCAUGGAUUUGAUCCUCGAGCUGCUUCGUAUGCAGGUGGUGGUGGUGGUGGUCGUGCUUACGAAACAGGGUCGCGUUAUUACUGAAUUUGUUGUUUUUUGGAUGGAUUGGAAUAGAUGGUAGUAUGUUAUCUUGAACUUUCUUUUUGGUUAUAACCCGUAGACGAUGAGAUUAUAAAACCUGUUCGCAAUUUGCCCGUUUUGAUUUGAUUUCACUAUUGACUGUAACUUAUGCUUGUAUCGAUACUUUAUUUAAAUUAGAAAAGAUUAUGAAAGUAAUAUAGUUAUAUAAUAAGGUUUA